GUGAGGUCUGCCACAAAUCCUACACGCAGUUCUCCAACCUGUGCCGGCACAAGAGGAUGCACGCCGACUGCCGCACGCAGAUCAAGUGCAAGGACUGCGGGCAGAUGUUCAGCACUACCUCCUCCCUCAACAAGCACCGACGUUUCUGUGAGGGCAAGAACCAUUACACGCCGGGCGGCAUCUUCGCCCCGGGCCUGCCCUUGACCCCCAGCCCCAUGAUGGACAAGGCGAAGCCCCCCCCCAACCUCAACCACGCCAGCCUGGGCUUCAACGAGUACUUCCCGUCCAGGCCGCACCCGGGCAGCCUGCCCUUCUCGGCAGCGCCCCCCGCCUUCCCCGCGCUCACUCCGGGCUUCUCGGGCCUCUUCCCUCCGUCCCUGUACCCCCGGCCACCUUUGCUACCUCCCACGCCGCUGCUCAAGAGCCCCCUGAACCACACCCAGGACGCCAAGCUCCCCAGCCCCCUGGGGAACCCGGCGCUGCCCCUCGUCUCUGCCGUGGGCAACAGUGGCCAGGGCGCCACAGCCGCCACGGGGCCUGAGGACACGUUCGAGCGUCGCCUGGGGGACUCCUACGCCGAGAAGCUCAAGACGAGGGGCAGCGACAUGUCGGACGGCAGUGACUUCGAGGACGUCAACACCACGACGGGGACCGACCUGGACACGACCACAGGCUCGGGCUCGGACCUGGACAGCGACGCGGACAGCGACCGGGACAAGGCCAAGGACAAGAGCAAGGCAGCGGAGGGCAAGCCCGAGUGUGGGGGCGGCGGCGCGGCGCCCCCGGGGGCCCCGGACGGCGCGGGCGAGGUGCCAGUCUUCUUCCCGCCACACGCCUUCUUCCCGCCGCCCGACGAGCAGCUGCUGACGGCCCCGGGCGCCGCGGGCGACUCCAUCAAGGCCAUCGCCUCCAUCGCCGAGAAGUACUUCGGCCCCGGCCUCGUGGGCAUGCAGGAGAAGAAGCUGGGCUCGCUGCCCUACCACUCCGUCUUCCCCUUCCAGUUCCUGCCCAACUUCCCCCCGGCCCUCUGCCCCUUCGCGGACCGCUCCCUCGCCCACAACUUGCUGGUCAAGGCCGAGCCAAGGUCCCCCCGGGACACCCUCAAGGGGGGCGGCCCCAGCGCCGAGUCCCCCUUCGACCUCACCACCAAACCAAAAGAGGCCAAGCCUGUGCUGCCCAUGCCCAAGGCACCCCCGGCCCCGGCGUCCGGUGAGGAGCAGCCGCUGGACCUGAGCAUCGGCAGCCGCGUCCGAGCCAGCCAGAACGGAGGGGGGCGGGAGCCCCGCAAGAACCACAUCUACGGGGAGCGCAAGCUGGGGGCCGGGGAGGGGCUGCCCAAGGCAUGUCCGGCGCAGCUGCCCCAGCAGCCGGCCCUGCACUACGCCAAGCCUUCACCCUUCUUCAUGGACCCCAUCUACAGCAGGGUAGAGAAGCGGAAGGUGACAGACCCCGUGGGAGUCCUGAAGGAGAAGUACCUGCGGCCAUCCCCGCUGCUCUUCCACCCCCAGAUGUCAGCCAUCGAGACCAUGACAGACAAGCUGGAGAGCUUCGCGGCCAUGAAGGCAGACUCGGGCAGCUCCCUGCAGCCCCUCCCCCACCACCCCUUCAACUUCCGGUCCCCGCCCCCCACGCUCUCGGACCCCAUCCUCAGGAAGGGCAAGGAGCGCUACACUUGCAGGUACUGUGGCAAGAUCUUCCCCCGAUCAGCAAACCUCACGAGACACCUGAGGACGCACACCGGGGAGCAGCCGUACAGGUGUAAGUACUGCGACCGCUCCUUCAGCAUCUCCUCCAACCUCCAGCGGCACGUACGGAACAUCCACAACAAGGAGAAGCCCUUCAGGUGCCACCUGUGUAACCGCUGCUUCGGGCAGCAGACCAACCUGGACCGGCACCUCAAGAAGCACGAGCACGAGCACGCUCCAGUGAGCCAGCACUCCGGGGUCCUCACUAACCACCUGGGGACCAGUGCCUCCUCCCCCACCUCCGAGUCAGACAACCAUGCACUUUUAGACGAGAAAGAAGACUCCUAUUUCUCUGAAAUCAGAAACUUUAUUGCCAAUAGUGAGAUGAACCAAGCAUCAACACGAACGGACAAACGGCCGGAGGUCCGGGACCGGGACGGCAGCUCGCAGUGUGCGGGCCUAGCCAGCGGGAAGCCAGAGGAUGCGGAGGAGGAAGAGGAGGAGGAACUGGAGGAGGAGGAGGAUGACAGUCUGGCGGGGAAGUCCCAGGACGACACCGUGUCCCCCACGCCUGAGCCCCAGGGGGCCUAUGAGGAUGAGGAGGACGAGGAGCCGCCCACCUCCCUGGCCGUGGGCUUCGAACACACCCGAAGGUGUAUUGAGGAGCAACCAGGCGGCCUGUUAGCUUUGGAGCCGAUGCCGACUUUUGGGAAGGGGCUGGAUCUCCGCAGAGCAGCUGAGGAAGCGUUUGAAGUUAAAGAUGUGCUUAAUUCCACCUUAGAUUCUGAGACUUUAAAGCAGACACUGUACAGGCAGGCUAAGAACCAGAGCCCUCUGGACGCUUGGUUGAACAUCACGGGAGCCACGCCGGAGUCCGGAGCCUUUAACCCCAUCAACCACCUCUGACGGGCCCAGGAGGGGCCGGGGUCAGAGUCCAAGCAAGGCGACCUCGGGGCCCCA